UGACCUACAGCUUGUCAUAAUAUUCAACAUGGCAGCUUCCAUGAUUCAGAGGAAUAUUCCUGUGUUUAAACAGAAUAUGUCGGCUGCUUUCGGCAAUAGCAGCCUCGUGGUCAAGACCGUCGCAGUCUUAGUGUUUUUCGGUUAUUUCCUGUCGUUCAUUCCUAAGGGAACGCCAUACAUAACCGUCACACCAGGCUAUGUGCUGCCACCUAACUUCUGGGUUUGGACCUACUUGACACAUAGUUUCGUCGAAUUCCAUAUCUGGGACGUCUUAGCGGACGUCUUGGUGGUUAUCUUGUGCGGAAAACUUCUUGAACCACUCUGGGGCGCCAUGGACAUGUUGCUAUUCUUUGUAAUCACAAAUCUAUUAGUUGCCAUAACAACAUCUUUUACAUACCUGUUUAUUUACUUUGCUACGAAAAACGAAGAUUAUCUAUUUGAGACAUACAUCCAUGGACUAGCUGGCUACAUUGCUGGAUUUUCAGUUGCAGUUAAGCAAGUCAUGCCAGAUCACGUGCUUGUCACUUCGCCUUUUGGUAAACUGAGAAAUACUCACAUUCCAUUGAUACUCGUUUCUGUGGUGAUAACCUUGAGACUGCUUGGGGCCUUGGAUGGACCUUAUCCCAUCAUGUUCACAUGGGGAGUGCUUAUCAGCUGGAUUUACCUUAGAUUUUACCAGAAACAUUCCAAUGGGAACAGAGGAGAUAUGGCGGAUAACUUCAGCUUUGCAAGUUUCUUUCCCAGCAAAUUUCAGCCAGUGGUGAACAUAUUGGCAAACACAGUGUUUUCAUUCUUUGUUAAGGUAAAAAUCUGCAAGAAGCCCCAGCGCCGGUAUGAUGUUAGCUCUCCAACCACUAUCACAAUCACAUUGCCUGGAACCGACCCACAAGACGCAGAGAGAAGAAAAAAUCUGGCCCUCAAAGCACUGAACGAGAGACUCAAUAAAACUGCUGAGUCAUCCAACACCAGCUGGCCAAGCCUGGAUGAUGAAGAAGUUACCUCUCCUGUGGAAUCUUCUCCAAAGGGAGACAAUUCAGCUAUAACGACAAAGCAGGAAGUCUCCAAAACUGAAACAUAAAAGAAAGUACAGACAAAGGACAAUAAAUAUCAUAACCAUGUAUUAUAAUAUAUAUAUAUUGGCAACAAUUCUCAUUUCUGUAAAA